UGGCGGAUUCUUCUGCUCUGGCUUUAUCAUCAAUGUGCUUCGUCCUUCUUGACAGUAAUUGCAGGGCGCGCAUUGGAUAAGGCAAUGAAGUGGGUCGSGUCCAGGCGGAGAUCUUCGUGGUGGCGGAUUCUUCUGCUUUUGAUUUAUCAUCAUUGCGCUUCGUGCUUCUUGACAGUAAUCGCAGGGCGCGCAUUGGAUAAGGCAAUGAAGUGGGUCGUGUCCAGGCGGAGAUCUUCGUGCGUACUGACAUUCCGUAUUGCAGUGGUACCUUGUGGAGUUGCAGCCAGGGAAAGAUGUUGUGCGUACCGAUGUAAGAUGCUACACCGGGACCUUGCGGAGUUGCGUCCAGGCGACUGUGUAAAUCUGUUGUGGUCAGUGGAGGUCUACACGUCCUCAACACGUUCUGCAACUCUCCGGGUGUUGCGAGAAGGUGCAUAUGGCGUGAAGAGAAUGAGCUUAUGAUUCGUUGUUGUGAGACCAACAUCCAUCCUAUGUUGGCAUCGUGCUUGUGGAAGGUCGAUGGCGAGGUACCUUCUGACAACAGGGGGUUGUAACUUGUUAAGUGAUAUCGGUGAGCACACAAGUGAUAUCGGUUUUCACGAUAUCGGUUAUUAUGGUGUGAAAUUGCCUCAGAGUUGAGUUGGUGUGCUGAUCUGAGCAGUAUGGAGUGGCAGCCAACUGUGUUUUGAGUUCUACGAUAUCGGUUAGUAUGGAGUGCUAUUUAUUGUGAUCUUAGAACUCUCUGUCAUGUCUGGCUAUGCACACCGAGCAUUGAUUGGUGCAUCUUUAACGUUGGGUGAUGUGAUAAUCUGCUUGAACUGCAUCACAUUUCGUUUUUUGAAGGUGUGCGUUAUAGUGAUAUAGAUUGUAGAGGAGGAUCAGAUCGCUUUCUUAGCAGUAUGGAGGUGGUGUUGAUGAUCGUAAUGGGGGGAGUGGAGAGGCAUUAAGGUCGAAAGUGGGGAGAUCAGAUUACUCUCUCUCUCUCUCUCUCUCUCUCUCUCUCUCUCUCUCUCUCUCUCUCUCUGUUUUCAUGUGAUGCCACUUGGCCAAAAGAGAGCAGGAAGUGGACAAUUGAUCACUAUCUCUCUCUCUCUCAAUGUUGAAUCAUGAUCAUGCGCCUUUGUCCUGAGAUCCUGGCAAUUGUAGUUCUUCAUUGCUUUUCUGGAGUUGUCCCACGGUUGAUCUGUCGCGUUUGAUGGCUUUUCCCUGUGGAGGUCUUCUCCUUCGUAUGAGAUGACAUUACAAAUU